AUGGUGCCUGUAAUUGCCGUGCUGAUUGAACAAGUCGAGUUGUUAGGUCUGCAAGGAAGAGCAGGGGGAGGGGGCGUGGAAGCCCCCCAGCCAUCAAGAGUGAAACUGGCGGAACCGAAAGCGCGUGUGGGGGGCCCACCGGGGGGUCGCCUGCAGCCCCCCCAGCCGGGGCCCUUGUUGGCUUGGUACCCCUGGUGCCCAGCGCUCCUGCCGGCUGCUUGGUGUAGCCCAGCUGCCAUCCGGACCGCCCUUCCAGGGCUGCUCGAUAACCUUAAGAUGCCGACCCGAACGUCUGGCUUCCACAUCUGUGACAUCUUGGACCUCAACGACGCUACCGCGGAGGGCAAGCCGAGCGCCGGCGGGGAGGGGUUACCCGAACCUCCCCAUCAACUACACCAUGCCGGUCCCAUGCCGCUGAUGUCGGGUCCGCCAGAACUAACGACAAUUGCCGCCAGCUAUGCUGCAGCUAUGGGGCACCACACAGUGCUGUUUCCAGGGGCCCCCGGAGGGAUGCCGGCGAGGGAUCCCCACUGUCCCCUACUGCCCCAUGGUAGGCAUCACUGGACCACACCAGUAACCACGAGAAGCGACCACGACCUGGCAUCGAGCGACUUCUUCCUCUUUCCAUGGCUAAAGAAGCCACUUCAUGGUAAGCGAUUCCAAGACGAUGAUGACGUCAUUUAUGCAGCGGAGGACUUCCUAAACUGUCAAAAUGAGAACUUCUAUGAUCAAGGCGCCCAGCAACAGCAGGUCAGCCCUGACAGCACUUCACCCAGCUCUCUGGCGCCCCCAGACCCUUCUCGAAGUUGUCCCGAGCAGGAGCCCGAUCUCCACUCCAGCUCCGUCUCUCUGGAUAGCUUCCCCCCUCGCGCCAACAGUCCGUCAAGUGGCCAUGGACCGGAUUCAUCCAGCACACUCCCACCAACUUUAAUGAGGGCGCCCCUCUUGGGACAGGAUAGCGAAGAACACAUGCUGGACACGGAGGAAGACGACCCGGAGUCAGAGGGGCAGCAUGAGUCAGGAAACCAGGGAGGGGCGCAGGCCGGGAGCUCCAAGAAGCGGAAGAGGAGAGUUCUGUUCUCCAAGGCACAGACAUACGAGCUGGAGCGCAGGUUCCGACAGCAGCGGUAUCUGUCGGCGCCCGAACGAGAACACCUUGCCAGCAUCAUUCGCCUCACGCCCACGCAGGUGAAGAUCUGGUUCCAGAAUCAUCGGUACAAGACGAAACGGGCGCAGCAAGAGAAAGGACUACACGACCCCCAUGGGCCCCACGGGGGUGCAGGAGUCACUACGUUGCCGUCUCCUCGCAGAGUGGCAGUUCCUGUAUUGGUAAGGGACGGGAAGCCCUGUACAGGGAGUGCCAAGGGACAGCAGCAACCUCCGACUGACCAACACAUACCGCACCCCCACCUGGUGAUGCCCUCGUACUCGCACCCUCUCAUACACCCUCACCAUCCGCAGCCACAACCCCGCGGCUGGUGGUAGUGACUCUAAGUUUUGGUGGUGAGUUCUUGCCUGAAACUCUUCUGUGAAAAGUGGCGAUGGAAGGAUGUAUUGGCCCUAUGUUAAUGGAUUGUGUGUGUGGGUGUUAAAGAUAUCUCCUUGGCUGAGUUAUUGCAAGAAGCUAAGGAAGCUGAUACAAGUGACUAGUGAAAAAAUUGAAAGUCUUUAAUACGGCAGAACCGAUGCGAUUAGAAAUUAAAUGUGAAGGUAAUCCUUUCUUCAACUUAAAAAACCAAAUAUCCUGCGACAUUUAUGAGCUACCUGAGAACAUCUGAAUGUUCAUAAGAUAGAAACUUUAUUCCUUAACAAUAUCCUGUACGGCGCAGU